AUGGAGAACCAAUCAACCCCGUUGACCCCUACAUUUGAAGGGCACAUUUCGAGUACUUUGGAUGCUCUCUUGCUCUUCGAGGGGUGCUUGGAUGGCACAUUGAACCAUGUGCCGCGUCGUCCUCAUGACCGUGAGCGUCAGGAGCUCAUCAAGAGCGGCAAUAUUUUCAUCUACGAAGAGCAUUCGUCCGGAAUCAAGCGCUGGACUGAUGGAGUCUCUUGGAGCCCGAGCCGAAUUCUUGGCAACUUCCUGAUUUAUCGGGAACUCGAAAAACCCUUCCCUCCAGGCGAAAAGAAGCGAGCUCUGAAGAAGAGCAAAAAGUCGCCUCAGGGUGUUGUCAAGUCCGAACCAGUCUCACAUGCGAACUUGCCAUAUGUUGCCGCGGGCCUUGAUCAAUCUAACUCUCCCAAGGACCAAGAGCGGUCCCUAAUCGGCUCUCUUGUCGACUCCUAUCCGUUCAAGGUUAACGGUCUAGUGAAGAAGACCAUCAGCAUCAGCUACCAUGGUGUCGCUCAUCACCUGGUGAGCUAUUACAACGUGGAUGAUGUUACGUCCGGGAAGCUGGAUACCCCAACGAAUACCCAUUUGCGAGGCCUUACUCCUCGCCCGGACCUCUUUUGUUCUCAAAGCUUCCGAGUUCCUAUUGAGGAACACGAGUAUGCGGUUGCUGAGAAUGGCGGACCUAUCCCUGCUCAGUAUGGUCCUGACAGCGGCACGAUGAACGGCGGUGUCCUUCGUCGUGCCAUGAUGCAAGGCAACCUGCAGCCCGCUAUGGGCAGUAUGCAACAACACAGCUCGCCCGCGCCUUAUAUGUUUCCCCAGGCUUCCCCGGCUACACACCACGGCUACCCAGGUCACGGUACGAACUCGAGUUUCCAGCCUGCAAUGUCGCAGCAGAUGACAUAUGCAGCCAAUCCAGUGGGCAACUAUUCGCUUGACCCUACUAGAGGCGAUCGCUUUCCUCCUGCCGCAGUCAAUCCCGAGUUUCCUCGUAAUAUGCCCCCGAGCUCGACUUCUCGACGUCCCCCGUUGUACGAUGGAUCAAGCCAUCCUUCGGAUAUGAGCAGCAUGUCGUUUGGCUCUAGCAGCACAGAGGCCCGGCCUAUGGCCAGCCAUGCCCACGCCCAUCUUGGACAUACCUCAUAUUACCUGCCACCGCAACACCAGGCUGCGACUCCUACCCCGACAUUUCCCAUGUCCCGUGGAAUGAGGCCCGAGUCCGAUGGGAUGCCCGACGAGACCGUUCAGCACUCAUACAACUUCGAUAAUGGUCCGUGGGGUUUCACGCCGAUGGAGGGUGACCCUGAACAACAGCAGUAUUACGGACAAACCCCUUCCCAGUGGUCCAACGAGCCUCAUUCACUCCCCCGUGCGUGA